UCAGGAUUUUACAUCUAUGACUUGGAAAGCACACAUGGUACUUAUGUUAACAAACAGCGGCUCAAAUCCAAGGUGUACUGUCCUAUUCGAGUUGGGCAUAUGUUGAAGUUUGGAGGGAGUAGCAGACUGUAUAUUUUACAGGGUCCGGAGACUGAUAAAGAUGCAGAAUCUGAACUAACAGUUACAGAAUUGAAAGAACAGAAAAGACAGCAAGAAUUAGAUAAAAUGAAAAAAGAAAAGGAAAAGGCAGAAGAAGAGGAUGGAGAAAUUGACUGGGGCCUUGGUGAAGAUGCUGAAGAAGAAGAUAUUGAUGCAGAAAAUCCAUUUGCCCUCUCCACAGAAAAUGAAGAGCUAUAUUUAAAUGAUCCUAAAAAGACGUUGCGAGGAUGGUUUGAAAGAGAAGGCUGUGAACUUGAAUAUAAUGUGGAGGAGAAAGGAAUUGCACAUUUCACUUGCAGGGUAGAACUUCCUAUUGACUCUGUGACUGGUGAGCCUGUCUUUGCUGAAGCUUCAGUCAAAGGGAAGAAGAAAGAAGCUGUGGUUGCUUGUGCUCUAGAAGCCUGUCGAAUUCUAGAUCGCCAUGGAAUGUUACGCCAAUCCCAUCAUGAGGGUAGAAAAAGGAAACAAAAACAUUGGGAAGAGGAAGAUUUCUAUGAAAGUGAUGAAGAUACAUUUCUAGAUAGGACAGGAACUAUAGAGAAGAAACGAGAAAUGAGGAAAAAAAUGAUGAAAAAAGAAGAGAUUGUUGAAACCUACGAAUCACUGCUCCAUAAGUUAGAAAAUGUUCAGAAAGAAGUUCAAUAUAUUCAAGAUAGGCUACAGAAGAAGAAUGAAACAGAGCUUCUCAAUAUGAGUAGUGGUCAGGACUCACUAGAUGCUUUCAUGUCCUCAUUACAAGAUAACUUUACUGACAAAAGAACAAAGUCAAAGCUUCAGCUUCAACUUUCUCAACUACGCCAGGAAGAAAAAAAAUUACAGAAGCUUGUUAAUGCAGCAAGACCAGCAAAUCUUCCACCACUUUUAUUACCUCAAAUAAAACAUACUACAACACAUGAAAUUGGGAAAACUGUAUUACCCAUUACUGGUUCAAUGAAACGGCAUGUGGCUGGUAAACAUAAACAAAUGGCCAUGGCAAGAUCAAAACCACAGAGAGAUGUUCUGGUACUUAAUGAUAAACCAGAAGUAGAAGAGGAAGAAGAAGAAGAAGAUGAUCAGCCCACAUGUGAAAAAAUGCUUCCCGUUCAUGGCAGUAAACCAAAAGUGUCAGAAUGUAACCCUGAAUCAGAAAACGAGAAGACUAAAGAAGUCAUUAAAUCUCAACUAGUUGCAGUUGCUCAUGAAACCAAAAAAGAUAAAACUAGAACAGACAAAAAAAGAGUUCUUGGACCACAAUUGCCACCUUCAUGUUCUACUGUUUUAAACAUCCAGUCUAAAAUACCAGAUCAUCCCACAGGUACAGAACAAGAUUCUCCUGGUGAAGAGAAAUAUGUGUAUGAUGAGAAUGACUCGAACUACAGUAUCUGGGUGCCACCUUCAGAUCAAACUGGAGAUGGAAAAACUCAUCUGAAUGCAAAAUUUGGUUAUUAAAAGAAAAUGUUAAUUAAAACAAGUUAUGUUUCAGCUCUCUGUUACUUUCAAUAUUUGUAUACUGAAGAGAUGCAAAAAUGUACAAAUAAGAGAUUUUGGGAACAUACAAAUCUAAAAACUCAA